AUGGCUUCCGAGACACAGCACUUGAAUCCGCUAGGAUUGUCCUCUUCACUUGGGGCUUCAUCAAGUGAUAUUGUGGAAGCAUCAGCCAAGAAACCCAGAAUAUACAAGAACACUUCUUCCGUAGCGUCUGAUACACCACACUCGAAUCCAUUAAGAUUUUCUUCUCCAAUUGGAGAUUCAUCAAGUGAGCUUGUGGAAAGAUCAACUAAAGAAACUGUAAUCAACAAGAACACACCUUCCAUGGCUUCUGAGACUCUGCAUGCUAAUCCACUAAGAUUUUAUUCUUCCAUUAGAGAGUCAUCAAUGCAUAAGAACACACCUUCCAUGGCUUCUGAGACACCGCACUUGAAGUCGGUAGGACUUUCUUCUUCGCUUGGACCUUUAUCAAGUGAGCUUGUGGAAGCAUCAACUGUGUCUGAAGUCACACAAGAAACCGUUAGUAGAGGUGUCAUUGAAGUGAAGACUUAA